CAAUGCACUGCGUGCGGCGCGUCACUCGGAGCGGCGGGUCCCGGGAGCGACAGGUCUCCUCUGUCAGUUGAAAUGUCGAUGAUUUUAUCUGCCUCAGUCAUUCGUGUCAGAGAUGGACUGCCACUUUCUGCGUCUACUGAUUAUGAACAAAGCACAGGAAUGCAGGAGUGCCGGAAGUAUUUUAAAAUGCUCUCAAGGAAACUUGCUCAACUUCCCGAUAGAUGUACACUGAAAACUGGACGUUAUAACAUUAAUUUUAUUAGCUCUCUGGGAGUGAGCUACAUGAUGUUGUGCACUGAAAAUUACCCAAAUGUUCUCGCCUUCUCUUUCCUGGAUGAGCUUCAGAAGGAGUUCAUUACUACUUAUAACAUGAUGAAGACAAAUACUGCGGUCAGACCAUACAGUUUCAUUGAAUUUGAUAACUUCAUUCAGAGGACCAAGCAGCGAUAUAAUAAUCCCAGAUCUCUUUCAACAAAGAUAAAUCUGUCUGACAUGCAGAUGGAAAUCAAGCUGAGGCCCCCUUAUCAAAUUCCCAUGUGUGAACUGGGAUCAGCCAAUGGAGUUACAUCUGCAUUUUCUGUUGACUAUAAAGGUGCUGGUAAGAUUGCCUCUGCCCAUCAGCGACUGGAACCAGCAACUCUGUCAGGGAUUGUGGCAUUUAUCCUUAGUCUUUUAUGUGGAGCUCUGAACUUAAUUCGAGGCUUUCAUGCCAUAGAAAGUCUCCUGCAGAGUGAUACUGAGGAUUUUAAUUACAUCAUUGCAUUUUUCCUUGGAACAGCAGCUUGCCUUUACCAGUGUUAUUUACUCGUCUACUACACCAGCUGGCGGAAUGUCAAAUCAUUUUUGACUUUUGGCUUAAUCUGUCUUUGCAACAUGUAUCUCUAUGAACUCCGCAACCUCUGGCAGCUUUUCUUUCAUGUGACCGUGGGAGCAUUUGUGACGCUGCAGAUCUGGCUGAGGAAAGCCCAGGGCAAGGCUCCUGACUAUGAUGUCUGACAGCAUCUUUCAGAUGACUGCCUCGGCUUCAGGCAGAAAAGGAGGAAAGUGUGUUUAACUGCCACUGUGAUGAAGAGACCAGUCGCCACAAAUGAGAAGCUCUGCUUUCCUUCUUGUCUUUGUUAUUAUUAUUUUUUAAGUCAGUGAGCAUGGCAUGCCGUGGGUGUGCAGAUCCUGCUAGGAGAACUCCUUUCGGAAGAACCCGGGCAGCAGGAGGGCAGGGCCGUCUCGGUGAAGAGGAGUUACGGGCCGCUGGGAAACCUGGCCCAAGAGUGCCGCGCCUUCACUGGGGAGGCCAGUCAAAGCGUAGGCAUGGAACGUGCUCUAAGGACCAAGCAGGAACUCUACAACCAGAGUUUGCCUUUGUGGGGCAUUACUGUAGACCAAAUAAAGAUACUGCAGGAAUUGGAAAGCUUGUUUUAAAAACAAAGGCUGUGGAGAGGGUUUAUGAAGUCCCGGGUGGUAUGGGACUGGUUCUUUUACUUCUCUGUUUCUGCCAAAUGUUAAUUCUGGAAAUGGCCUGCUGUGGGAGAAGGCUGUGGGGAGCUCACCUCUGGAGUGUCGCGAUCCUGAAAAUAGGUCAACGCGUGUUUUCCUUCUAGAUCAUGCUUAUCGUUACUUCUGAAGUCACGUUUUAAGCAUAUGACUGACUUCACUAGAGUUGUUUCCCAAACUUUAACUAUUUGGAUAUUACCAUAGACUGUUGUUUGCUGAGAAUUUUUCUUUUUAAAGUAGUUUGAGAAAAAAUAAACUCUAUCCUAGGUGGAAGAGCACUACCAGUUUGCCAACACACACACAGUGUGACUGAGUUCUAGGUAGGCAGCAAUGCCUGCCGAGGCUCCAGGUCUGAGUGCCGUGUGGUUCACGAGAGGCGUCAGCCAGCACCACAGGACGAGGGAGUACUGUAAAGGGGAUGGCAUUCUCACUGGGACGCAGCACUGCCUCAUUCUAUGUCGCAUACACAAAGCACUCUGUGUGGCCCCGCGGUGUGCUCCCGCCCUCUGAAGGCACUAGACCGUGUGUAACAGGAGACUCAAGGUGACUUUCCUCCCCACUCUUGUUAUUUUAUGGCUUUGGGGAGGCAAGUACUUAGGGUCUGAGAAAAUUUACUUUCUGAUAACAUUAGAAAGAUUAUUCAAGCCAUUUUGAAUUAUGUGGAAGCAUAAUUUGAUUAUGUUUAUAAAAUCUGGAUUUCCCCUGCUUUUAGAGGUAAUCAUGAAUUAUUUUUUCCCUUUGUUUUUCAGAGAGUCCAAAGAAGGCAUUCAUAGAAUAGGAAAUUUACUAUCAUCCCCAAAGCAGUCAUUCAUGUUCAUGGGCUCAUUUGUUUGGUAGAAGAAAUGAUCUGGAGGGGAAAGUCAUUAACUGCCUUAUUUGCCUAGACCACUGUAUGUGGAUACGUUCAGAACCCUUAAGAUCUUCCUAACUGUAGUCUUACCUGCCUCUCCUUCAGAAAGCAGCAGGUUUAUGCUAUCAGGGGUUUGUUUACAAUAAGAAACUCUGGUUCACUCCGCAUUGCUGCCUUUAACAAAACUACAGAAAUCGUGGACAUUUUGAGAAAGGACCCCAAGACAUUACAUGAUCCUAAAUCAUCAAAAAGACACAUUUUUGAACUUACUAAGCUUGGAAAGUAAAGAAGUUCAACUUGGAAAGCUAAUGAUUAAAACAAAAGAGCUUUCUUGUACAUAGACAAUUGGCCAGGAAACUGGAUCCUUCUAGGUGAUUGUGGGUGUGCUAUGCAUUAGUAUUUGACAGCUCUCCUACACUUUGGUUCAAGAGCUACUUCCUUAUCACUGCGUUGAUGAGCUAUAAUGUUUGAUACUUGGAUCCAUUGAGCGAGGACACUUGAAACCUCUUCACCAGUUAUUUUUAACUUUGUUUUCACCAGCUAUUUUGGAUAACAGGAUGUUUACAUCAUAAUGUAAAGAAUAAAACUGCUAUAAAUAA